AUGGGCUCGGUGCUGCCGGCCUCUUCCUCGUCCCGCCCGUCGGAGCGGAAGUCGCGCAGGCCCGCUCAGCAUCCCGGCGGCGCCGCCGGUCCCGUCCUGUCGGAAGUGAUCACGUCGGACGUGGUGCACAGCUUCCUGUACGGACGCUGGAGGCGCGUGCACGGCGAGCAGCAGCUCUCGCACGACGCCGCGGGCACGAGCGCGAGCCCCAAAACCGCGUUCACGGCAGAGGUGCUCGCGCAGUCCUUCUCCGGAGAGGUGCAGAAGUUGUCGAGUUUGGUUCUUCCCAGCGAGGUGAUCAUUGCGCAAAGUUCUGUUCCAGGAGAAGGUCUCGGGAUCUUCUCGAAGACCUGGAUCAAGGCGGGAACCGAGAUGGGCCCGUUUACCGGGCGUCUGGUUUCUCCGCAACACGUUGACUUCUACAAGAACAACAACCUCAUGUGGGAGGUGUUCGACGUGGACGGCGGCGUGCGUUUCUUCGUGGACGCCAGCCAGGAGGAGCAACGCAGCUGGAUGACGUACAUCAAGUGCGCCCGCAACGAGCACGAGCAGAACCUGGAAGUGGUGCAGCUCGGAACCGCCAUCUUCUACAAGGCGCUGCAGACCAUCCCCCCUGACCAGGAGCUGCUGGUCUGGUACGGAAAUUCCCACAACACCUUCCUGGGAAUUCCCGGAAUUCCGGGGGGCGACGACGAGCACGCAAAGAAGAGCAAGAGCGAUGACUCCCACGGCCGCGAAGGCUCGUCGUCCUCGACGUCGGGGUCGGGAUCGGGCAGCCCGGGCCGCAUGCGCUGCGUCAUCUGCCGCCGCGGCUUUAACUCUCGCAGCAACCUGCGCUCGCACAUGCGCAUCCACACGCUGGACAAGCCGUUCGUGUGUCGCUUCUGCAACCGCCGCUUCAGCCAGUCGUCCACGCUGCGCAACCACGUGCGCCUGCACACGGGCGAGCGGCCGUACAAGUGCCACGUGUGCCAGUCGGCCUACUCCCAGCUGGCCGGUCUGCGCGCCCACCAGAAGAGCGCCAGGCAUCGCCCGGCUGGCGGAGUUGCCACCGGAGUCGCCGGUCCCGGAAGGGCGCCGCUUCUGGUGCAUGACGACCGCUCGCCUCCGCCGCAUCCCGCCUCGCUGGUCCGCCACAUUCCCGCCGUGGUGCUCUAG